AGUCUUUCUUCAGAGAAACAGUUCUUAGGCCCAAAUCCCGAAAACAAAGGCAGCUUUGUUAAAAAGUGGCAUCAAACUAGGUAAGUCAGUUACAGUUUUAAUAUAAAAGAACCUUAACUACAUCAUUGGAAAAGAGAAAGACAAAUUAUUUGUGAGAAUAAUUAGGCGAUCGCGCGACGCGUGAUUGUCGAGAGAGCAUUAAGUUGGAUGGGCAGAUAAAACUUUGACUGACAGCCAUACAAUAAAUCUUAAUCAGAGAUCGGUCGAUUGUGAAAUAUACUUCGAAAACAUCUAGGAAAACCGUUCUUAACAGCUUGUUCUCUCUAAGUAUGAGCUCACGUAGAUAAUGGAGAUCAAUACAACUCCAAAUUAAAGGAUUUUGAGACUUAACACUAAAUAAAAACCCACACAAACCUUCGUACCGAAGACCCUCGACGGUAAAGUAGAGGAAUUCGUCGUUAUUUGUCGCAGAUUCUGCCAUUCAGCGAAUCCGCGAAAAAUACCCAUGCAGCUUACUUUGCCGCCAUUUUGCAAUCUCCUCUCCAGUUCCCUAUCGGUUAGUUUCCAUAGCGACCAAGACAUGUAGCGCCAUAUUUUGAUCCUCUAGUUAUUUGAGAGAUCAACCCUCAGAAAACAGAUGUAACGACCAUGAUUGCAAGCUUGCAGGCUUAAAAUUGAAUAAUAUCUACUUAUAUUGGUAUUUUAUGCGACGACGAAUCCGCAUGUGAACUAGAUUUGCGAUGAUGCCGAAGUCAAGAAGAAAAGAGAAAUUUCAGUUCUUGAAACAAAUUCUUGAAGAUUCCUCCGCAAGCGAUUUGGAAGUUGAUGGAAAGAAAAACAUCACUAAAACAUCCACAAAGAGCGAUGGAAGUUCUCAAACAGAAAAUGUGAAAAAAGUAAAAGAUAAGGCAGCGCCGGUUGGAACAUACCCUGUGUUGUUCAAGAAGACUUCUAGAAACAAGAGUUGUCAAACGAGGUUGUCUUCAUUUCCUCUUUUUCCACUACCAGAGGAAACAGAAUGGAUCAGUGAUGAAGAAGGUGAAAGGAAGAAAAAACCUCUAGUUGCUAGGAAGAAGAAGAAGCAAAUCAGAUCUGUUUCCAAGAAUGCAAACAAAGAUACUAUGAAACAGGAGGAUGAAACUAAAAAAAACGACAGCAAAGUGAAAAAUCCUGAUGGAACAAGAAAAAGCUUCAGAUCAGAGCAUCAACUGAAAGACACUGAUAACCCAGUUCUAAAGACCUGGCUUCAUAAAAAAGCCAUAGUGGCUCGCAAGCAGAAAAAGCUGGAAAGACAGGAAAAACGUGCAAAAAGGGCUGCCCUGCAAGAGGAGGCCCGUAUUCAAGCUGAAAGGGCUUUAGAGUCCAUGGAAAGGGUUGGUUUAUGGCUAAGAAGGAAACGUAAACAGGCAAAACUAGAAUGGAGGAAAAGUCACACCAAGGUCACACCUCAGCAAGGGGAUGGCAGCUUACACCCAGGUGAAUCUUCUCUACUACCAUCCCCUGAGUAUAGGGUUGUCAAGAGUUUUAAGUGUAAAGCCCCAUCAUCUGAUUCUAAGACAGGGAAUGUGUCUGAGGAUAAAAGUAAAUCAGUGUCUAAAUCUGUGCCAAUGACUAAAGAAGCUUCCUCAGCACCCCUUGUUGAUGAUAAAAGUUUUAGUAAAGAGAAGAUACUUCUUGAUAUGAAAGGUGAAUUAAAUAACGUAGGAAACACUGCAAAUUCUGGAAAGCAGCGUCCAAAGACUGCUAUGGAUCACACAGAACCAAUGUCCACUUCUAGUCCAAAAACAGCCACAAAAAGACCAAAAACAGCCAAGGAAAGGUCCAUCAAGAAUGCUGACACUAAGGCAAAAGCAACUAGUUCUGCAUCCAGUCAUGACACAUCGAAAAAAAUGCAGGCUUUAAGUUACAAUGAAUGGUUGAAAUUGAAACGAAAUAGUGACAAGGAAAAAAUAAUUAAGAAGAAACAGGAUUUGAUAGAUUCUCACUUAGAAGCAGUCAUCAAAGAACUUGGAAAGAAAAGGGUAGAAAAAAUUAUGUCUCCAAGAAAACAAGUGGAUACAGGUUUGAAAAGAAUUUCCCGCUCCUCUGAGCAGUUAGCUCAGACAGAUAGCUCAAAGCUCAACAAAGCCAACCCAUAUCGAUGGGUUUUGAGAAAACAACCCCGUCCUGAGCCACAAGGUUGUGACUUUUCAGAAAGCCAUAGCACUGACUUUGGUACAAGUGUAUCUGGUGAACUCAAUGUGGAGGUUAACAAUGAUAUUAGUGGUGUAGAACAACAUCAAAUUUGUCAAGAAGUGAACAACACAUGUGAUGAACUCAAACCUUCAAUAGAGAAGGUUAAGGCUAUUCUUGAUUCAGAAAUAAAGAAGGUCAGAGAAUCUGGAAAAGGUUUGCAUAAGCCCAUAGAUUCGCCAGUUUCAUCUUCAACAAAACCUGAGGAGUCCACCAUAAAGGAACUGAGACCAUCACGACCUAUGUCUGCAAGGCCUUCCUCUGCAAGACCAAGAUCAGCACAACCUCUCGCCACAAAACCUGGUAGCACUCACCUGACAAAGGAACAAACAAAAAAGAUUGCAGAAGACCUUGAUGUACUUGGAAUUUGUGACAGUGAAUCAUCAGAAACAGAUGAACUUGAAAAAGAAACUGUUGUUGAUGCUGAGAGGGGAACAAAAUCAACAGUAAGAGAGAACUAUUUUGACUAUGGAAGUGAUGUUGAUCCACCUACAAUCCAACCACCAGAAUUUGUCCAAUAGCCACUGAAAACCAAACAUUGCUGAAUCCAGAUAAAUAAGAUACCUCUACUGUUGUCAGCUUCACUUCCACUUCUUUUAAGGGAAGCAAAAGGUGCUUUGAUAACACCUCAUAGAUCAUCCGUUUGUUUAUAACACAAUGCAAAAGGGAUGUUGCCUCAGGCCUUUAGCAGGCAUUUGCAAAGACAAGGGAAUAAUGAUUUCCCUAUACACAACUACAUAGAGACAUAAUCAUUCCAAGUCUACCCUAUCAUUACACUAACAUGUCUCUUUAAGAUAAGAGCCAUUUAAAAGAUUGUAAAUUAAAAUUUUUUUAUUUAAAAGUUGUACAUUGAUUUUAUGUAACAUUUAAUAUAAGAUUAAAAAUGUAUUUCAUGUGAGAUAGGUGAUAAGCUUUGUGCAUUGAAGUGAAAUGUUUGAACCAAAGCAACAGUUUAGGGCCCAGUUGUGUGCAGGCUGAUUGGUGCCAAACAGAGAUCAAAUUUAAACCCAGGCUUUUUUUAAGCCUUUGUUCAAAGGCCUUUCUGGAUAAUUUACUCUAUUAUUUUUCAAGCAUCUGAUUACUGUGGAUUAUCUCAAUAGUAAUCUCAGUAGUAAUAUGGACCAAGGAUGAUAUAACUCUUUUUAACUGGGAGUCAGUACAGUUUGCUUAUAUCUUGUGGUUUUCUCAUUCCUUAUGAAUUUUCAGCUCUGGCUCACCCACACUGCUCUUUAACUGUCUAACUCCCAGAAGUGAUUAACCUGUAACUUCUCCUUAGGGAAGGUACAUUUUUUUCUUGGGGGGGGGAGGGCUGGGGAAUUUUGGUAUUUUUUCCAAAAGAAAGUGUUGGCCCUCCCUCAUGUUUUGAUUAAAAAACUCCUGACCCUCCCCCCCCCACUUUUAGGUGACUGACAAAAGUGUGACCCUCCCCUCACUACCGAAUUAAAAGAAACAAGUUGAAAAGAAAAAACUUAGUCUGUUAAAGAAAAAUGGAAAAUAACAUCACAAAAAUCCCCAUUAAAAAUUCUGGAAAAGAUGUGACCCUCUCUUUGAAUAGCUGAAAAAGAGGGUAUGGCCCUCCCCCUUUGGUGCUCGCUUUCACUGAUGACCCUCCCCACUGAGGCCCCAGCCCUCCCCCCAUCAAGAAAAAACAUACCUUCCCUUACAACAUUCAAACAUCCAACAAACAGGUAAUGAGAAUACUCAAACUUAUCAAGUAGUUGUUGUUUUGAUUUAACACCAAAUUCUCCUAACUUAUUUGCAAAUUGUGUAGCUACUAGAGGGGAGAAUUAAGAAACAGAUCAUGGGAGUUAAAGGGUUAAUCCUUCAACCCUUUGACUAACAUCUUCCAGUAAUUUCCCCCUACAAUAUAUCCCCUGAAUUACACAUUGAGGUCAUGAGAAUAAAGGAAAUGAUCACCAACUUAAGAAGAUAUUGAUUGUUAAACAGAUUCUCCUUGUCAGCACCUUUGGAAACGUAUAGAGAACAGUAUGGAGAAUAUGCAUAAUGAUUUUGUGUUGUUAAAGGAGUAAAUCAUCCUCACAGUAUGGUGACAAUGAUUUUUAAUAUUCCAACAUGUCAAUUUUUUUCUUUUAUUUCCCCUGAAAGAGUAUGUUAAAUUUAGAAGCCCUAUGGGUUAAGAAAGUAAUCAGCAUGUUAAUUCAUUCAUUAAGAUUAAUUCUGGUUGACAGAUUUUUAAUGCAGAUAAAAGGAUUUGAGGCGUUAAUUGUAUUCAAACAAGACGACCUCAGUCUCUGUCUGUCUGCAACCAAACACUAAGGUGCUUGUUGCUUCAAUUUCUCGUCUAUGUUAUCAGACUUUGUGAGUUAACAUCGCUUAAUUGAAGCAGACAGCUUACUUCGAUAUCCCGGUAUGUGUGUACAUGUGUUUGUGGUCUCUGGUUAGAUCUAGACAGCUUGUGUGAAUAUCUAUCGCUCUUUAUUCAGAUCUGUUGCUUGUUGUGUUUUGCGGUGUGUCACGGUUUUCCAUGAGACAUUUCUUCUGCAUUACUUUUAUUGUGCAAAAUAGAUGAAGUGUUUCUUGCAAUCAGCUACAUGGAACUAUUUGCGACCUUAUUGAAAAUGAAGUUUCAGACGCUGUUUGAAACAACACUUCUCGGCCUGUCCGUUCGUACGUGAGUGCCUCCUUUGUCUCCUUUGCCAAGCGUAAUCUGACACUGGACAACCUACCUGCUCAGUGGAUUACGGGGAAUAAUCCCUGUUGAGUUUUUAAUCCUAAUAAAAUCGCCAGAUAUAUAACCUUUCAAACAUCUUGCGCUUGUAGUCGGCGAGGACCGGUAGCAGCCACUUAAAACGGGGAGGGGGGAGGGCAGGGGGAUUCCUUGCUGGAUGUGUGAGGGUGGUGUUGACAAAAGAAGCUUACUUUAGUAUCUUGAGACCCGUUCAAGAGUUUGGCAACAAAAUAAUUCGGAUAUUACAUACUUCCAACCAAAAUUAGAAAUACGAAGAGCUGAUCUGUUUUCCUCAAUAAUAACACCUCUGAUUUCUAACCAGCUAAAUGAUGAGUGACCCUGACUUCUCACAACCAAGGCACUUUAGUGACGUGGUGCUUUCUGUGGAGGGAACCAAAUUUCACGUCCAUAGGAGUACGCUGUCUAUGUGGUCCCCAGUGUUCGAGAAAAUGUUCACGUCCGAAUUCGUGGAGAGAGACGCAAAAGAGAUAACUUUGCCUGGGAAAAAAGCAGACGAGAUUGAAGUGCUGCUCAAGAUAAUGUACUCUCAAGGCAGAGCUCGUCAAAUAAGAGGUAGGCGAGUCUCUAUGGCAUAGCCUGCGGCAGGCUCAUAUUAUCAGGGUUGCUAAGGGUUGCAGGACGCGGGUUUCUGACCACGGGAAGAUUUGAAACGAGUCGAGGAGAAGUUUGUUGGGUUCUGGCACUAAUCUCGUUAUCCGUGCCAAACCGCUUGCCGACUCGCAUUGCUCAAACUUUCCCGCGGGCUAGGAAACACUCUUGCCGAAGCGCUGAUCAUUAAAGACCUGCUCGCAUAUUUGAUGGAUUACUUUUGGUGUGAAGAUCAGGACAUCGGGAUGGUGUCGGUCAACGCUUUGAAUUGACGAUGCAUCGGUGGUAGGUCGGUGCUCGACGAGUUAUUGAGCAUCACCGACAGACUACUGACGCAUCGUCCACACGUUUACGUACUGACACCAUCCUGAUGUCCUAUCCUUCACAACACGAACGCAUUUCCGUCACAAUACCGAGACCAUAACUGGCCCCUCCCUGUGUCCGCCACUGAACUCUCCUGUAAUGUUAGUCUGUUCUCCUUCGUCCUAAAUCAACGCGGAUACUUUGUGUGUCCACUGUCUUUAAGGUUAUUUAUGAUAUCGUUGUGUUUACAAUGAGUACUAAACAUGAAGAAAAAAAAAUAUUUAAUGAUUUAUUGCAAAUCAAUCCUCUCUGUAUUAGAAGAAAAUUGUCAAUUCCUGCUGGAACUGGCCGAGGAAUACCAGAUGGACACAGUUAAGGAGCUUUGCUGCGAAUACCUCUCUGGCAACGUACAGGAUACAACCUGUGUGAAGUUUUAUAUGAUUGCAGAAAGAUUUAGACUUGAUUCUUUGUUGAAAGAAACACUGCAGCAAACGAAAUAUCUGCCUUGGAGGACAUUGGAUCAGGACGCGUAUUUUGGUAAACUUCCCGACAAAACCAAACUAGAAAUCUGCAAAACAAGGAUACAGGAGCUUGAAAAGACUCUGGCUGAAUAUGUAAAUACAUGUUCAAGCCUUGUGGAUGCAGUGUAUAGAAAAGUUGCGGAGAAAGUUCAGACUACAGAGUGUGAUAAUUACGAGGUUCAUCGUUGCGGAGUGAGCGAACGUUUUAAGCUUUCUUGCAAGUGCUGUAGGAGGCGAGUUCAGUAUGCAGAAUGUGACUUGGAGUAUUGGAUUUUCAGAACACAGCUGAAAAAGUUGUUUGAUUUGGAACACUAUAAUAAAACAGCUCGGGAAUGUAAAGGCUGAAUAGUGUGAAAAAAUUAAACGCCAACCCGCAGUUUUGGAACAAAGCGGUCAAACGUCUGCGCAUGUGCAAGCGUCGUAAUGACUAAGGACUAAGUGGCUUGCUUUCAGGCUGUUACAAGUAAUCAUACUAGCCAGCGAGUCACGGUGUUUUAUAAGCGAAUUACUUGUUUGGUAAUUAAAAGCUCAAUACAGGACGGUAAUUCAACCGGAUACCCGUUCUUGAAUAAGCUUUGUGUUCGAAAAGUCUCGAGUUUUCCUUUUCCAUAAUUUUGUUUCCCGGCUGUACAGGAACAGUACAGGAAACAGCGUACAGCGGCUUGGUUAGGAUGUGUUUCCUAGAAAUUUUGCGCGGGAAAUUGGCGGCCAAAAUGAAUCCCCUCGCGCAUGCCUUUCGUUUCGACCGCUGUGCUCAGUGUUGGCU